GCAGCAGGCGCAGGGCCCGCGCCAUUGGCUGCCCGCGGCUGUCAGUCACGGGGCCGCCGCUUCGGUGCCGGCAACGUGCUAUAAAUGAGGGCGCGGAGCGAGCGCCUGGACCCGCCGGCAGCGCCCGGCACCGCGCACCGCCCCGUGCACCGCACCGCCCCGCAGCGCCCCGCAGCGCCCGGCGUCAUGAGCGAGCUCGGCUCCAAUGCGUCGCCUUCCCCCACUGAGGCUCCCGGCAGCCAGCAGAAAGGCAAGGCCGGGGACUCCAAGAAGGUGGAGGAGGAGGAGGAGAUUGACAUAGACCUGAACGCGCCCGAGACCGAGAAGGCCGCACUGGCCAUCCAGGGCAAGUUCCGCCGCUUCCAGAAACGGAAAAAGGACCCCAACCCCUGAGGGGCUGCUUCUGCCCCCCAUGCCCCCGCACAGCCCCUGCCCUGCCCUGUGCCAUCCCGCCCCCAGACUAGGCUCUUGCUGUGUUGCUGCUCUGUACAUCCGGCAGGGGUGGAUGCCCCCGAGUUGGGCUGAGGGACUCCCCACACCCAGUUGCACCCACGUUGGAGCCACCGUGCCCUCUUCUCCCACAGCCAUGACGUCACUCCACAGCCGCCAAGGGCAGGGAGGGUCCUUGGGCCAAGCCCCUCCUGCCUGAGCCUGCCUGAGGGGCAAGACCUGGUGGGGGCUCUUGCUGUGGGGCAACAGAGCUGGGCAGAGGCAGGCUGUGGGGAAGCCCCUGAGCCAAGGGGUACUGGACAGGGUCAGGGGACUAGAGGCAGGUGGGGGCACAAGCCAGAAGGGCACAGGGCUAGAGUCAGCUGAAGGAUACGGUGCUGUGGUGCACCUAGCCCCCUCACGCCAUCAGGCCAGCCAGGGGGGACCCACCUGGUCUCCGGGGCCCCCAUUAUCCUCAGGGCUAGGCAGGAGGGGGCUGGAUUUAUACAGUGCUGAGCAGGGGCAAGUCCACUUUUCCUGGUGGUGCCUGGUAUCCUGGAGCUGCAGCCAGCCCUGGCAGCCUUGGGGGCAGCUGUAUCCAGGAGCCAAGCAGGGUGCAAAGCCCAGUGGAGUAUCAAGGCCCUGGGCCAGAAUCCUAGCUGGCUGGAGCUGGAUGCAUCCCCUGCCCCCCGAGCCCCACUGUGUUAGCAAUGGUGGAAAUCAAAGGACCAGAGCAUCUUUCUCCCUACCCCACCCAGUGUGUGUGUGUGUGUGUGUGUGUGUGUGUGUGUGACGGAGCCUGGCCCUUCUGCUUUCCACCCCCCACAAAGGGAAGAGUGGAGAAAGUGCCCCCCAGCCCCUUGCAGCCUGGAGGGGGGAGAAUAAGCCAGGAGAGAGCAGGAGCAGAAGGCAGAGGGGUGGGUGAGGAGAUGGGCUAGGUGGAGAGAGCAGAGCGAGGCUGGACACAGCAGGGCUGGAGGCGCACGGGAGUCUGGGAUGCUGUCCUGUGCAGCCUGUGCCCAUGCAGGCACCAAGUCCCUCCAGCGAAGGCAGCUGUUGAGCUCCAGGCCCAGGGGCUCCCAAAGCUGGCAGGUGCCCCCCAUCUCUCCUGCCCCAUCUGUGAGCUGUCACUGGGCAGAAGCUGGGGCCUACAGAUUCAAUGCUAUGGCCCCCAUACCCCCUGCCCCGCUCCCACCUGUUGCUGUGCCCCUGCUGCAGGCACGGAGCUGCCCCUCCUACUCUGGCCUCCCGCAUCCAGCACUUCAGGCCUUGGCCAUCCCAACCUCAGAGCUGGACAGCCACCCUGCUCCCAUGCUGGGGCCUGCAGCCUGAGCCCCCGGAGCCCACUGCACCACUCCAAGUGUGGCUGGUCCUGGGGAGGCAUCCCCACCCUGCGGCACAGCCCCUGCUGCUUCAAGGACUGAGUCUUUUAGCAUGUUUAAAUAAUAAAACUUCUGGGAACGGU